AUGGAGAACCAAGCGACUUUCAAAUUGGUCUUAUGUGGAGAUGGUGGUACCACCACCUUCGUCAAGCGACAUUUGACUGGUGAAUUUGAGAAAAAGUACAUCGCCACUCUCGGUGUGGAGGUUCACCCUCUGACUUUCCACACCAACUUCGGUACCAUCUGUUUCAACGUGUGGGAUACCGCCGGUCAAGAGAAGUUCGGUGGUCUCCGUGACGGAUACUACAUUCAAGGUCAAUGUGGUAUCAUCAUGUUCGAUGUUACCUCUCGUAUCACCUACAAGAACGUCCCCAACUGGCACCGAGAUCUCGAGCGAGUUUGUGAGAACAUCCCCAUCGUCCUUUGUGGUAACAAGGUCGAUGUUAAGGAAAGAAAAGUUAAGACCGGAAAUGUCACCUUCCACCGAAAGAAGAACCUCCAAUACUUCGAAAUCUCUGCCAAAUCCAACUACAACUUCGAGAAGCCUUUCCUUUGGCUCGCCAGAAAAUUGGUCGGCAACCAAUCCCUCGAAUUCGUUGCUGCUCCUGCUCUUGCUCCCCCUGAAGUCCAAGUCGACCAAGCCCUUAUCGCCAAAUAUGAGGAAGAGCUCAAACAAGCUGCUAACGCUCCUUUGCCCGACGAGGACGACGCCGAUCUCUAA